CAAGCCCACCACCUACAACUCAUUCAUCAAUCAACACACCAACACAACCAAAACACCACAUUAGUAUAGUCCUUUUCUUGCAAUCCCACUCACAAAGAUCAGAUAAUCCAAAUUUUCUUGUCUGCUUAACCCUUCCUGUGAUAAUCACACUCCAUCAUAAUAAUCCUCAAUUCUUUAUUUCUUAAAGUUUCUUUAAGUUCAGUAUAGUGUUAAUUAGUAACUUAUUAGCUUGCUUACCAGAUAUAUAUAUAUAUAUAUAUACACACACACAUACACUUCUGCAAGUCUGCAAGUUUCUGUAUAAUAAGCAAGAUGGGAGUUGCAGGAACUCUGGAAUUCUUGUCUGAUUUACUUAGCAGUGCCAAGAGAAGCAAGAAGAAGAAGAAGCAGGUGAAUACAGUGGCCAUCAAGAUUAGAAUGGAUUGUGAAGGUUGUGUGCGUAAAGUCAAGAAAGUUCUCUCUGGAGUCAAAGGUGCAAAGUCAGUGGAUGUGGACUUGAAGCAGCAGAAGGCAACAGUGACAGGGUUUGUAGAUGCAAAGAAAGUGAUGAAGGCAGCAAAAUCAACAGGGAAGAAGUGUGAGCCAUGGCCCUAUGUGCCCUAUGCAAUGGUGGCCCAUCCAUAUGUGGCUGGGGUUUAUGACAAAAAGGCACCCCCUAAUUUUGUGAGGGCCACCAAUGAUCCAGCCAUUGCCAAUUUGAAUCCAAUGGAGGAACAGUUCACUCUUAUGUUCAGUGAUGAAAAUCCAAAUGCAUGUUCCAUCAUGUAGCCACCCACCCACCUCUCUAGGUCUCAAUUCAUAUAUGUAAAGCCAAAGUUUUAGGGAUUUUGUAUUGUAUUGUAGGGGGUUUGAAUUUGGAUUUUGAUCUAUUGUUUUAUAAGGUCAUAUAUAUGAAAAUAUAUAAUAUGUAUAAUAUUUAGUAAUGGUAGUGAAGCGUACGUUCUUUGCCUCGAAUAA